AUGGCGUCCAAUUCCAGCGCGUCGUCGAGCUCUUUUUCGUCCGCAGCCGAAGGCAUUACUGGUGGAUACACUGGCGACAGCCUCACGAUCAAGGUCAUGAUCGCGUUCUUCCUCGGCCUGUCGCUGUACAACGCUAUCGAGCUGCAAGUUCUCAUCUUUGGGACCUUCAAAAAGUUCAAGGGCCUGUACUUCUGGAGCUUGCUCGUUUCCAGCAUUGGCAUUGUGCCGUACUCAAUUGGAUUUCUUUUCAAAUACUUUUCGAUUCUCACGAGCCAAAAAUGGUUCUCUCUGCUGCUCCUGAGCAUUGGCUGGUAUCCCAUGAUUACGGGCCAAGCAGUGGUCCUGUACUCAAGACUCCACCUCUUGUUGACGGGAGACAGGCGGGACAAGAUUCUCCGGUGGACGAAGUGGAUGAUCAUUGUCGACGCGAUUGUUUUGCACAUACCGACGACGGUCCUGACGAUCGGAUCAAACAUUGAUCCGCACACCCAGGCGUUCGUGGACGGCUACAACGUCAUGGAGAAGGUCCAGAUGUGUGGCUUCUUUCUUCAAGAAGUUAUUCUGUCGUCGAUCUAUAUCAUCGAGGCCAUUCGCAUCCUCCGCUCUUCGGUGCAAACGAAUACCAAGAGACUGAUGUAUCAACUGUUGGCCAUCAACGUCUUGAUCAUCACGCUAGAUCUGGGGCUGCUCGGGUUGGAAUGCGCCUCACUCUACAUCCUCGAAACGAUCACCAAACCGGCCUUUUACUCGAUCAAACUCAAGCUCGAAUUCGCCAUUCUCGGGAAAUUGGUUGAUUUUGUUGAGGGAAGGAAUUCGUCGCUUCCGUUUGCGCCAGAUGAGAAGCGGAGCUCAUCUGCUCUGAACGGAGCGGCCGAUAUCUCCGAGUUUGUGGAUCUCACGAAGGUCUACACGGAUGUGACCAGGGCGUCUCAACGACGACGGCCCAACACUGCAAGCAAGCCCGAUUCUCAGGAUCCAGACCUCGACUUGGAGAUCGCUAGACUGGAGCACGUGGAGACACUUCCGUCAGAGGCAAAAGUACCCCGCGGAGAGCAUGUGGCCACCAGGUAG